CCCCAGCAACACGCUACUGCCUUUCGCCGGGCCCUCUCCAGCCGAAGAGGUAUUCACUGCUAGUGCACUGCAAAUCUCAGAGGCACUGGAACACCAGCUCAAUCGGCGGUCUGUACCACGUCUGCAUUACAGCACAAGAUCCGUUCGCACUGCCCGCUCUUCUGCACCUCACUGCCUCUGCAUCUGUUGGGCGGUCUCGCCCUCACCGCUCCCACAGCAGGCCACCGUACGCCCACUCAGCACUGUUACAAAGCAGCCCAUACGAAACCUUCCCAAACAACGACAUGGAGCCCACCCGUGUUCCCCCCUUCUACCGUCUGGUCUUCCUGUACCUCGAGCCCAUCUCCAUAUUCACAGGCGCCGUGCAGGCCUACUUCUUCCAGUCGGCCUACCUGACCCUCACCCACGCCUCCAGUGCCCCCAGCGUAGUGCCCGUCUCAACAUCCAUUGUGCUGACCCAGUUGGCGAAUCUGUACCUGGGACUUGCCAUCACCGAGGCUCUCAUUCUGCGUGUGACCACCGAGUACAGCGUGUGGAAGGCGCUCAUCAUCGUGCUGCUCAUCGCUGAUGUGGGCCACCUGUACUCGGUCCUGCCAUUGGGCUUCUCCAGAGCAUUCCUGCAAUGCUGGAACUGGAACGCUAUAGAUUGGGGCAACGUUGGCUGGGUCUACUUUCUCGCACAGACGCGUAUUUCCAUGUUGCUAGGUAUUGGGUUUGGCGGAAGACGCGCUCCCGGGCUGAAGAAUGCUUGAGGCUCGAAUGCGGUUGUAGAUACCCAGCUCCAUCUAGCGUCCUGUCAUACAGAAGCUGUCGAAGCACC